GAGGAGGAGGAGGGCGAGGAUAAUCUGGUCGGACCUAUGGUGGUGUGGAUCUCCCGCAUCCACGGACACUUUUCCCUUUCUCAACGUGGAUUCACAUUCACUCACCACAGCAUUAGGCCGGGAAAAGCUUGUUAAAGACAUCGCUGCCGCUGAAGUUUGCUUUUCUUCAAAGAGAUAAAGGAUCAAUUUCCACACAUUGCUUCACAGCAUUGACUGACCUGUAACCGGUUGGAGCGAGGGACGAGAGAGAAGAGCAAAUGGAAAGGAGAAGAGGAUGAGUAAGAGAAAGCUGGACCCAAGAGAUUCAUUUUACACAAUGGGAGCCUCUGGCUCUGCACACAUUUGAUUUCAAAAAGAAUAAAGGAGACUUUUCCUAAAGAAGCCCGACAGGAUUUCGACUUCACUUUAGUGCUUUGGCCUGUAGUGAGAGAACUAGUCAUGACAGCACUCUGAACAGAGAAACAACUUCUUUUUCAUCCCGUUCGCCUUAAGCCCGUCUGCAGCUUUUCACCUAAAACUCUUCUUUGCCAUGGAGAAAACAUACUCAUUAACUGCACACUACGACGAGUUCCAGGAAGUGAAAUACGGUGGUCGCUACAGCAGUGAUAUCCUCAGCAACGGCAUGACCCUUCACCUGGGGGGCAGUCUGGACCGUCAUGUGGGGCGGAGCAGGGGAGGGACCUGGUCAAACGGGCGAAACAAAGAUGUGAGCAACGCCAGCGGCAAUGGAGGGCUUCCUCGGUGGAGCCGCAGAGAGAUCUGUCUACUCUCGGCUUUGGUGUUUGCAGCGGGCAUGUGUGUCAUUCUGGGCAGCAUGCUGGCACUUAAGUACAUUUCCCUGGAUGCACAACAGGACCCGCAGUGCCGGCAAGACUGCCAGCGCAAGCGCUCGCUACUGCGCACAGCUCGCAUGGUCCAGGCCAAUAUUGACCCAACGAUCCAGCCCUGCCAGGACUUCUAUUCCUUCGCCUGUGGCGGCUGGUUGAGGCGCCACGGCAUCCCCGAGGACAAGCUCAGCUACGGCAUCAUCACCGCUAUAGGGGAACACAAUGAGGAGAAACUCCAGCACCUCCUGAUAGAGCCCAUACGGAGGCGUGGGCCCGACUCAGCCGAGCGCAAGGUCAAAGAGUUCUACAAGUCCUGCAUCAACAUCCAGGAAAUCGACAAGCUGGGCUCUGACCCCAUGACGGAGGUGAUCGACAGCUGCGGGGGGUGGGACCUGGUGGGGGCUCCCUCCGGUGCUGCCGGGUGGGAGCAAGAAGGUGCACCGCAGAGGCCGGACUUCAACGAGCUGCUGUACAGGACGCAGGGCGUGUACAGCACCCCCGUCUUCUUCUCCCUCACUGUCAACGUGGACGACAAAAACUCCUCCAGGAACGCAAUCAGGAUUGAUCAGGAGGGGCUCACACUCCCUGAGAGAAGCCUCUAUCUGGGACAGGACGAAGACAGCGUAAAGAUCCUGGUGGCGUAUAAGGCCCUGAUGGAGCGCUUGCUGAGCAUGCUGGGAGCUCAGAAUGCCACGCAGAAGUCCAAGGAGAUUAUAGAGCUGGAGACGCGUCUGGCCAAUAUCACUAUGUCGGACUAUGAUGACCAAAGAAAGGACAUCAACACCAUGUACAACCGCAUCACCCUGAAGCAGCUGCAGCGCAUCGCCCCUAGUCUUCACUGGAAACGCCUGCUCGACAGGAUCUUCCAUGACAACCACUCAGAAGACGAGGAGAUCGUGGUGCUCGCCACUGACUACAUACAGAAAGUGUCCGACAUCAUCAAGACCACUUCUAAGAGGGUUGUCCAUAAUUACAUGCUGUGGCGCAUCGUGGCAGCGCUGAGUGAACACCUGUCCACCGCCUUCCGCAGCACCAUCCACGAGUUUUCUCGGGAGAUCGAUGGCACGGAGCAGCAGCUGGAGCUGGGCAGACUGUGCCUCACCCAGGCCAACAAACACUUUGGCAUGGCCCUGGGGGCCCUGUUUGUCCAGCAGCACUUCUCCUCGCAGAGCAAAGCCAAGGUGCAGGAGCUGGUGGAAGACAUAAAACACUCCCUGGACCUCCGCCUGCAGGAACUGGACUGGAUGGAUGAAACCACCAAGGAGGCCGCCAGAGCAAAGUUGAAGCACAUGAUGGUGAUGACAGGAUACCCAGACUCCCUGCUCAAACCUGAGCUCAUAGAUCGAGAAUAUGGGUUUGAUGUGGACGAGAAGACCUAUUUCAAGAACAUCCUCAACAGCAUCAAGUUCAACAUUAAGCUGACGGUCAAGAAGAUCCAUGAGGAAGUGGACAAGACAGCGUGGCUUAUACCCCCUCAGGCCCUCAAUGCCUACUACCUCCCUAACAAGAACCAAAUGGUCUUUCCUGCUGGCAUCCUUCAGCCCACACUCUACAACCCUGAGUUCCCACAGUCUCUCAACUACGGUGGAAUUGGAGCCAUCAUUGGCCACGAGUUAACCCAUGGAUAUGACGACUGGGUGAUGCAAUGGUUCAUGUCCAUAGGGGGCCAGUACGAUCACCAUGGCAACCUCAAACAGUGGUGGACAGAGGAGUCCUACAGGAAGUUUCAGAAGAAAGCGGAGUGUAUCGUCAAGCUUUACGACAACUUCUCUGUUUAUAAUCAGAGGGUGAACGGUCGUCUGACACUUGGGGAAAACAUCGCAGACAUGGGAGGACUAAAGCUGUCGUACUUUGCGUACCAGAAGUGGGUGAGGGAACAUGGUCCAGAGCGGCCGCUGCCUGGCCUCAAAUACACUCAUGAGCAGCUGCUCUUCAUCGCCUUCGCACAGAACUGGUGUAUGAAGAGGAGAUCUCAGUCUAUUUACUUGCAGCUGCUGACUGACAAACAUGCACCAGAGCACUACAGAGUGAUCGGCAGUGUCUCCCAGUUUGAUGAGUUUGCACGUGUGUUCCACUGUCCAAAGGGUUCCCUGAUGAAUCCUGCAGACAAAUGCUCUGUGUGGUGACCUCUCUGCCUGGCCUGAUGACCUUGGGUUGACCUUGAGUCUUCACACACACACACACAACGUGUCAUUCAUCACACAUUCAUCAGUGCCAAAAGGAUGCCACAAAGCUCACGAAGUAUCUUUUGAUCGUGACAAAAAAAACCGUGUUUUCAAGCUUAAGCCUGAUUUUGACUCUGUGUUUCAACACUUCCACAUGAACUCAUGUCACUCACGUCCUGUGAAGUCGUGCACCUGCAGGAUUUUCUUCGUCUCGAUACUAAAAUGCUAACACCGUGAUUCGAAGUCGUAGUGUCCGUGUCGGUUUUCAGUGUUGUGCAUGAACUUUUUGUGACAUGGUGCAGCAUGGCUUGGUGAUCGAGGUACAGAUAUCACCUCUAACACUCAAGCCAGUUUAUCUGAGCAUUUUAACCCUUUAUUUAAAAGAAGAAGAAGAAGAAGAAGUGAAAAGUCAGCAAAAGUCACAGAGUGGACAUCAGUAGCAGCUAUGUCAAAUUUGAAAGUUGAUUAUUGCUAAUGAUUACGAACAGGAAACAUGAUCUGUUAACUUUGAACUAUGAAAGACUGUUUUAACGACACCUUGACAUUUGGGAGAGCCCUGUUUUCAGGUGGCACCACGACUGGACAUGUCACUGUAGUGUAGCGUCACACAUCACUCACAGUGUCUUUUCCCCACUGUCGUACAACCACGACAAGCAAGGAUGCAUUACUGAGCUGGUCUACCAAGCCAGGGCCCGAACGCUCUCUCCAGAAAUGAAGUUUGAACCCAUAAUUCAUGUGAACCCCAUUGUUAUUAUUACAUUAUUUGUCAGCUUGAUUUCUGAUGUCACUUGAUAGACACAGCUCGAUCGGGAUCGAGUGUGGCUCUCUUUUAUUGACAUUACCCACAGAGGAGAACAGUGCUGUGUUUUUGUACACAGGUAUUAAUGAGACAGCGCUCACGGUGAACCAUAGAUCUGCAGCUGUCUCACUGGUGUACAGUAGGCUUUACACGUCGUCCUCGCUGCUGUGAAAGUGAAAAAAGAAGGUCAGAAGCUCACUUCUUGUGCAUUCUUUGUUUCCCUGUAACCUACUGAUAGACAUUUGAGUUUUUGUAAACAGAUAUGUUAGCUAUAUAUACAGUAUAUAUAUUUGAAGUGUCCUCAUAGUUCUGGCACAACACUGUAAACAUUUCAUCUUCAAAUGUGGGACCAAAACACCUUCUCUCUCUGUUUGUCUCUCGAUUGCAUCGACUGAAGCUCUCGUUUCUCGUGCUCCUGUUUUCCUCAGUAAAUGUAAAAUGUCACAUUUUUCACAUCGUUUCAAAGUUUUGUCGAGUGACAGUCGUUGAAAGUGUGAAGCGACAGAGUUCAAAUCAAGCUUAACUCAACUUUGGUUUCACAUGCUCACCUAUAAUGUACAUAAAUGUUAUUUGAUUAUAUAUAUUUUUCUAUUAUGCAUUUAUUGUCUAAUCAUCCCUCGUGUUAUAGUUAAGCAUUUGUAUCAUUAUGUGUGAAACUCAUAAUCCUUCUGUUUUUGAGUGUUUGGUCCUUGGAGUUUAUGAUUUGUUUGGCAAUGCUGCCCUCUUGUGGCGCAGUGUCACGGCCGUGGUGUCAUUUCGCCUUCACUUGCCUCUUGUUCCUAGUGUUUGUACAAGAUUUAACAACUUUUUGGUGAAGAGGAAGCAGAAGGUGGACGUUUUUCUCAGGAUUUGCAGCAAAGUGCAGCGACAAACAGGGGAUUCUGUGCGUCUCUAUCUACAUUCAACCCGAGUUUACAGUGCAGUCACAAAGGAGCGGGUAUAUUUAUGAAACGCUGGAUGGAAGAUGGGAGGACUGGAAAUCACCUCACGGGGGGACAAAGUGAUGCAAGAGACGACUUCUGUUCGAAAUGGAAGAACCUCUGCUGUUAUUGGAUCAUUCACAUCUCGUGUUUCCAAAUCUGCAUGCUCUAAAGACAUG